UCUUCUCUUUCGCUGAGACGUUCAGGUGCUUCCUGUGAGUGUCGGAAACUGCGCCUCCCUGCAGUCGUCGGGUCUACUUCCUGGUUUCACAGCAACAGAUGAGGGCGGGGCUCGGCGUUUUCCCCGACUGCAGAAGGAGGUCCAGCCCGGAGUCCCGCCGAGGAGGCUUGUUGCUCCGCCGCGAUGGCGGAGGCUGCAGCCGGCUGCGUGUUCGAGGACAUCCGCUACGAGGACAUCCAGGUGGAGGCGGCCGUCGGCAGAGGGACCUUCGGGGUGGUCUUCAAGGCGGUGUGGAGAGGGAAGGUGGUGGCCAUCAAGAGCAUCGAGAGCGACUCCGAGAGGAGCGCCUUUCUGGUGGAGCUCCGCCAGCUGUCCCGGGUCAAUCACCCCAACAUCGUGAAGCUGUACGGCUCCUGCGACAACCCGGUCUGUCUGGUCAUGGAGUUUGCAGAAUGUGGAUCUCUCUACAACUUCCUGCACGGCGCCGAGCCGCAGCCCCGCUACACAGCGGCGCACGCCAUGAGCUGGUGUCUGCAGUGCGCCGAGGGCGUCGCUUACCUCCACGCCAUGAAGCCCAAAGCUCUGAUUCACAGGGACCUCAAACCGCCAAACCUGCUCCUGGUGGCUCAAGGAACCGUGCUGAAGAUCUGCGACUUCGGGACGGCGUGCGACAUCCAGACCUACAUGACCAACAACAAGGGCAGCGCCGCCUGGAUGGCCCCCGAGGUGUUUGAAGGAAGUAACUACAGCGAGAAAUGUGACGUGUUCAGCUGGAGCAUCAUCCUGUGGGAGGUCAUGACCCGGAAGAAGCCCUUCGACGAGAUCGGUGGCUCCGCCUUCUGCAUCAUGUGGGCGGUGCACAGAGGGACCCGGCCCCCUCUGAUCCGAGACCUUCCAGAACCCAUCGAGACCCUGAUGACCCGCUGCUGGGACAAAGAGCCCAGCCAGAGGCCCCCCAUGAGCGAGGUCCGGGACACCAUGAGCCACCUGAUGAAGUACUUUCCAGGUUCUGAUGAGCCGCUCAGUCUUCCUCGCCCCGCCCCCUCCAGCAGGGGGAGCUCCUCCGCCCCCAGCACCGGCUCCUUCGCCGCCUGCAGCCUCAGCACCAACCGCAGUGACGGCGUGGAGCUCGGAGACCCGCCCAGCAGGGAGGAGACCCUGAAGAGCGUGGACUCCAGAAUCCCGCUGCACUUCAAACCCUCAAAGACGCCCACGCUGCACGCAGGUCUGUCCAGGAUGCCCAGCACGGAAAGCCCCACCCACUCCAGCAGCUCUGUCUCCACCGCCAGCCAAUCAGAGCUGAGGAUGACCCUACAGAGUCCCACAGUGUCUGCGUCCACCAACGGCUCAGACGUCCCCCUGGCCUAUCAGAAGCUGGAUCACCAACUGCAGCCUCUGGCUCCGUGUCCGAACUCGCAGGAGUCUGUGGCCGUGUUCGAGCAGCACAUCAGGAUGGCACACGAGUACCUGAGGGUGCAGUCGGAGAUCGCCGACCUUCUGCGCAAAAAGCAAGAACUCACGUGUGAUCUGGAGGAGGAGCAGAAGGAGCAGCAGAUGACGUCCCGCCUCUUCCAGGAGCACAGCAAGCUGCUGGAGGACAACAGCAGCCUGACGGCCCGCUGCCAGAACCUGAGGAGCCAGCUGAGCCUGAUCCAGAGUCAGAACCAGCACCGCAGCUAGAGCAGAACCCACUCUGGAUGAGUCCAGAACCGAUCGGCUGCUGUGUCUGAACCCUGACAGGGUCUGGAUGCUGCUCUCCGUGGACCCUGAUCUGCUGCAGGUCUGUUCCAGCAGCUUCCCUCUAGAGGGCGCCGUUCGAACCCAGAGUCCCACCGUCCUUCAGCGUCUCCGUCUAAAGUCCGUCCAGACGUCAGGAUCCACCAGAACAACAAACGGCUGCAGAACCUGGAGGUCGAUGUGGGCGACUUCUUUCUGUUUUUGUGACAUCAUCUAAAGCUGUGGACGAACCGCCACUCAAACCGGGACACACCUUCCAGGUCUUCCUCAUUUCCUGCCCUGAAGCAGAUCUGUCCGCAGGUUAACCCCGUCUCUUCAUCCUGUGACAUGUCUGCUGCGGUCUGGAUGCGUAGCUCCGCCCCCAUCUGGGCGGGGAGCUCCUCAGCCCGGACUGUUCUUCUGUCAUCACCAUCAGCAGCUCUUCACGUAACUUUAUCGACCGUGUUUUCCCGCUGAUGUCUCUUAUGUCAUAAUAACCCGACCUCUGGAGCGGAAGGAGGCGGGGCUUAUCAUAGCAGAGACAAAAUACGGCACAGAGCGUCUGAAAUGUGUUUAUUAUUCAGCGUAAGUGAACCGUUACAAUCAUCUGCAAACUCCAGAACAGUUCUGUGAGGGAGAAUCAAACCCUCUAUUGCACCGCCCCGAAGAGAUGGUCAGUCAGACCCUCCGUUCCCUCGCCGCAGACGUGGUAGACAUCGUGGUAGACCUAUGAAUGUUUCCACGUCUCCACCCAGGAGAAACAUCCAGAUUUAAAGGAUGAAAUGGGAGAAAUCUGACAGACUCUUUCUGCUCCAAACUUCUUUCUUUUAACUGAACAGGCGUUUGCAAUGAAACCUGCUGUUUUUCAAAAUAAAACUUUGUGCAGAAAUGU